AUGAGUUUUCCUAAGUUGUUGCCGCUUCUUCUGCUGGGAUGUCUAGUGCGUUGCCAGGCUGGCACAGUUAACAGCAGCUUGGCUAUUGAUUCUGCCGAGCUUGUGACUAAUCCCUGCCAGGAAGUGCGCCUGGCUGGCUUUGUGUGCGUCGACUGCUCCACACUGGGCUUCUGCUCGCAUGUGGAUGGCCAAUGGCAAACGAUCUCCAUGACCGAAUGCCAGACGGAGCGCGGCUUCUUUUGCAGCGAUGAGGGCACAAUUGGGUGCACCUGGCAGCCAAAGUGUCAAGUGCCCGUGCGCGGCAAGUUCUACUGCCAGCUGCCAGGCAUAUUCCCAGAUCCCUACGACUGCCGCAGCUAUCACGAUUGCAACGAACAGAACGUGGACACGCCACGUCAAUGCACCAACGGUGCCGCCUACUCCCUGCUCACCCACAGCUGCAGCAUGUCCCGCGAGAGCGAGCAGUGCACGGAGAAGCAAUACUCCUGCAGCUAUGUGGGCCAGACAGGCGCCUGGGCCGCGAACAGCAGCUACUACUAUGUCUGCCAAAAGGAUAAACAGGGCGGCCAGGACAUCUUCUAUCCGCUGAUGAUGAAAUGCAGCGAUGGUUACACUUUCAAUGGCCACAGCUGCAUUAGGCCUAUUAGCUCGCAGAGAAUUGCGCCAGCUCAGAUGUUGUCGACCUGCCAGGAGGGUAUUCUCUAUCCGGCAAAUACGAUCAACGGUUACUUCUCCUGCACCGAUGGAGAUCUGUCCUACGAAAGCUGUCCAUUGGGCCACAACUUCGAUGCUAUCGCAAGAACGUGCCUUAAGGAUUCGCAGAUAUGUCAGGAUGGCUUGUCCUAUCCUGCAGAAACAAAAUAUGGUUUUAAUUUUUGUUUCGACGGUACGCUAAUCUAUCAGAAAUGCCCCGUAGGCUAUUACUUCGAUCUGUCUGAAAGCUUAUGUAUUAAGGAGGAAGAGACCUGUGAGGACUUUCAGCUCUAUGCCGCAGAUACUGAACAUGGAUAUCUGUUUUGCUUGAAUGGUGAACUGAGCUAUUACACAUGCCCCGAGGGCACCAUCUUUGAUGGCAAUGGUGCCGUAUGCAUGCCAAAACGUGCCUAGGCUUGAGAUAAAAGUUUUAAAGAUUAUACAGAAAGUGAAUAUAAAAUCAAUAAAAGA